CAUUUUUACAACUAUCCACCCCAACAUAUAUACAUUCAUUUCCUCUCUCUCUCUCUCUCUCUCUCUCUCUCUCUCUUCUCCCACAAACACCUCCUCUGAUUUUCUUUCAGGAUUUUAAAAGGAAGAAUAGAGACCCUCUCCCCCUACCCUCACCAGGGAAAAAAAAGUAUUGGAAAAGCUUUAUAUAUAUUUAUAUUAUAUUAAAGGGAGAGCGAGAAUGUUUCCGCUGUUUCGUAUGUGGAACAUAUAAAAGAGAGAAACAGUGACUUUUCGUUAGCCUCACCGUCUUUUGGCAGUGCGUGCAUCACCGGUUUACGCGGCGCGAGGGGGUGGCUGGUUUCCUCUCGGGAGAAAACCGGGUUCUUUGCCGCGGUGGUUUUUCGUUUUUUUCUUCUUUUUUUUUUUUUUUGUAUACAUUAUAACUAUAGAUUAUAUAUCUUAAAUCCUUUUAGCUUUUUCCUCUUUCUAUUUUCUAUUCUUUUUUUUUUUUUUUGUUCUUGGGAUUUGUCGCUGGAUCGUUGUUGAGGGUCGGUUUUUGUGUUUAAUAAACGGAUGCGGGAUUGAAAUGCAGUAAGCCCUGAAAGGUGUAUAUGGACUGUUCAUGUCCAAAUGCUAGAAUAUAGAUCUGGAGGUGGGUUUGAUUGAGAAUCUGGGUUUUUGGCUCACACUGCUGUGAGUUAUUCCUGGGAAUGAAAGAAGAAAAUGUUACAUGUCCACUAGUGUUUUUGAAGACAAAUCCUAGGUUAAUCCUCUAAUGAAUUGAGGAUCAGUCGCAAAAGAGCAUUGCAUUUUGAUUUAGGAGGCAAUGUUGAGAGCAUUAGCUCCUGGGCUGUUGAUUUCUUAUCUCCUCCUAUCAGUAUCUGCUGCGGAGAAUGGUUUUCCUCGAUGUAAUUGUGACGAUGAAGGAAGUUUAUGGAGCAUUGAGAGCAUCUUGGAGACACAAAGAGUGAGUGAUUUCUUGAUUGCUGUAGCCUAUUUUUCGAUCCCCAUUGAGCUACUUUACUUUGUGAGCUGCUCAAAUGUGCCAUUCAAAUGGGUCCUCUUCCAGUUCAUUGCCUUCAUUGUUCUAUGUGGACUCACCCAUUUGCUCAACGGAUGGACCUAUGGCCCCCAUACCCAUCCAUUUCAGCUCAUGCUAGCACUCACUGUCUUCAAGAUCCUCACUGCUUUGGUCUCAUGUGCCACUGCUAUUACUCUCAUUACUCUUAUUCCUUUGCUUCUUAAAGUCAAGGUAAGGGAGUUCAUGUUGAAGAAAAAGGCCUGGGAUCUGGGGCGAGAAGUUGGGAUCAUAAUGAAACAGAAAGAGACUAUUUCUAUGACAUGGACAGAACACAAAAGAGGUGUUCAUGAGGAUGAGAAAACUGUUAGUAUGCUGGUGCUUUUUGGUUAUACAACCUGCUCAGAAAUCCUUGGGAAUUUUGACUUGUGUCUUAACUUUUUUAUUUUAAAUAAUUUGCAGCUAAUGCAAGGGAACAUCUGGGUUGCCCCGAAUAUUCAUGGUUUUGCUCAAAGCAUGUCACUCGUUCUUCGUUUUCAAGUACGAUCUUCUGUGGUAAUUUCCAUUUCUGAGUCUGGAGAAGCUCAGGAGCACCCUCCUUCAAACUCCAUUUUCAGAGGCUUGCAAGUUUUAUUAGCCGAUGAUGAUGAUGUGAACAGGGCUGUGACACGAAAGUUACUUGAAAAGCUAGGAUGCACUGUUUCUGCAGUUACUUCAGGAUUUGGAUGCCUAAGUGCCAUUGGAGCAGCUGCAUCUUCUUUCCAAGUUGUUCUUCUAGAUCUUCAUAUGCCUGAACUGGAUGGGUUUGAAGUUGCAAUGAGAAUUCGAAAAUUCCGGAGCCGAAGUUGGCCAUUGAUUAUUGGGAUGACAGCAAGUGGAGAUGAAGAUGUAUGGGAAAGAUGUCUGCAGAUAGGAAUGAAUGGGGUGAUUAGAAAGCCAAUUGUAUUGCAAGGAAUUGCAAAUGAGCUUAGGAGAGUCCUUGUGCAGUCAAACAAAGUCAUGUGACAGCAGCAGAUUGAGGGAGCUACUAAAGUUGCAGCAGCCUGCAUCCUUUAAAUCAAUAAGAAACGACAUUGUUUGGCCCUUUACAAAUCUGACAAAGCUUCCAACACAGAUUUUCUUCGAUACAGCAUAAAAAUGGUACAGAUCAAGUUAGCUUAUUUCCUUUGCCUUUGUGUUUUUUGCCGUGUUAAUGUGAUUGAGGCUUUUCCAAUUGCAUAGAGAUAUAGUUCCAGAUAUUAUUGGUAAAGGCAAUCAAAACUUGUUUCAGAUUUAUAAUUCUGCUAUAAUAGGCUAAAUAGCAAUAUCUAUAUAUACCAAAGGGAUCGCAAGGUUUAGAGUAGGUAGUGAUAUAGAUUUAGGAGGAGAUUAUAAGAGAAGAUGAGUGAGUUGAGGGAAUCCAAUUCCUUGGAAAAAUUGUGCAAUGAAAAUUUCUUUAAGAAAAGUUUGUAGAUAACUUGGGAGUUCUUUGCUGAUUGAAAAGGGUUUUAAAAAAGUGAAAUUUCUAUUACAUAUCAAUUAGUCUUGGGUUCACCGUCAAAGCUGUGUUUUUGUAUGGUGUAAGUUGGUCUUGUUUUGGUGAAUGCUUAUUUGUUGACCUCGUUAUUAUUAUUUACUAUUAUUGUUUGGAUGGAAUUAGAAAGCAUUGUUUGAAUGCUUAUAUAUGUGUGUGUGUAUUAUAAUAUAUGACGAGAGUGAGAGGACCACAGCAACGAAGUGUUAAUUUGGCUGUGUUGGGGAAUUGAGAUUAAUGAUUAGUAGUAGUUUGACGGGUGUAUAUGUGUGUAUACAUACUACACAUGCAUGUAUGUUUCAAUGGUGUUAGAAA